AUGGAGCGAGACCACAGCACCUCUACUAUCUUUCGGAGGGACGACUCUGGUGACCACGUCUUGUUGUCUCAGUUCCGAGACCGGGUCAGCGUCCCAAAGCACAGCCCAGGGGACGUCUCACUUCUGAUUGAGAACCUUGAAAUCCCCGACAGCGGACACUACACCUGUCAAGUCAUCUGGAGGUCUAAAAAUAACAGCUUGAUAACAAAGGAGGUGACCACUAUGGUUAAAGUUGUCAAAG